AGAAGACGGGAAUGUUUAAUAAAACAACACAAAAUCGACUGUGGUACAUUUCGAGAUUGGCUGUCAGUCGUGUGGAAUUCGUCUUGCGGCAUCAACACAAAAAUCGUAUUCUUGUGCUUCUCCUCGGCGGUCGUGUCGAUUCAGUUACACAUUUUUCGGACACAACAGAACAAAAAUUCAACUACAAUUCAUUCUUCAAUUUUGUUUAUGUAAUUACAUCGAAUUCGUUGGAUUCUGUUUAUCUUUACCGGUGUCGUUGUUAGUUUGUGUGCACAUUAUUUUUCCAUCUUGAUUCACAUUCGUCUGUUUGUUCAAUAUCACAGGUGUGUAUUUUUAUACUUUUUCAUUGUUUGUCAUUCAUAUUACAUUUGACAAUUGAUUUCAAUUUUGGCCAAAAAAAAAGAGGAGGCGGCAACUUUUGUUCAUAACUUGAAGAAGAUACGAUGAAAAAAAAAACGGUUUAGAUAUAUUUCAUUGAGAUCACGAGUUAAAACGUGUGUUGAUGUGACGUGGUAGCAUUUCAUUGGAUGGUGUGACAUCAAUAUUGUCUUCCAACGCCGAAUGUCCAUGUGUGAAUGUCUCGUACACAGUCGACGAAUUCAUUAAGCGAAAAGAAAGAUUCCGAAUUUUGACAUCGAAAGAAAUUUCGAAUGCGGAAAGAUAUUAAACCCAAAUAAUCAUCAAGACUAGAUGGAAGUCGCGCUUCACGGUGAAAGUAGUUCUGGAUUGUUCAGUUAAUUUUAAAGCCGAAAACUCAAAAAACCGGAUAGCAACGGCGAAUGCAACGCAAUCCAAAAAAAUCGAAAUUCAUUCCAAACGAAUGAACCGACCGAAGACAAAAGAAGAAGAAGAAAUAAUAUUAGGCGCAACCUCGUGCGUUCUUUUUCAAGUUUAAUUGUUCGAUGCUUGUAUAACCGCUCUUUCAUCCAAGUGAAACAGCUAGCGGAAAACAUUCACGAGUUAUUGGAUAACAAUAGUAUAUGCGAAGCGGUGGCAGUUUCCAAUUCAUAAUGCGCACAACAGAGUGUAUGGAACGAUACGAAACAAGCACAAAAUCCAGAUUGUCAGAUGAAGCGAUUUAUAGAUACUAUCUAAUGACGAUUAUGCCUCGUUGAAAUAUGACGACGUUUGCAAAAACAAAUGAUGAAUUUUGUGCACACACACACACACACGCAUAACGCACGCAAUCCAAAAUUGAAUGGCUGGCGCAUAAGAAUCUGUAACGCUGUUGUUGGUUUUUUCUUCUUCUUCUUCUUCUAUUUUUGCGAAAAGCAUUCAUUGCACUCGCUCUCGAGCCACACAGACACAGCGACAGUAGCAAUAACAUUAAGUCAUGCGUAGCAAUCAAACGCAAAUUGAAUGGAUAUUAAUCGUAAUUAUUCGGCCGGUUAAUAAUUUCAACUUGUUCUUCUGCUGUUUCUUUUUUUCAUCAUCUCUAUUCUUUUUUGCUAAGUUUUGAGUUCAACUCUAACUGGUUACGGAUGUAGAAAAGACCAUAUCAAUAUAGUUAUUUUGGUUGGUGGUACAAAUCGGCGGUCGUUUUCUGCCGUCUUCGUUUGUUUGUUUCAUCAGUAGAAAAACCAACAAACCAAACCCGUCAAAAAUGUUGCAAAUAUCGUUGUCUCGCGCUCGGUUCAUACCAAAAAGAAACACUGUACAAAUAAUAAACAUUGUAUGCGAGUGUGAUAUGACAGCAGUCGCGACUUUUUCUACCAGUCGUAGUUUCUAGCAUUGUCGCGCUGUAAAUACCGGAUUGAUAUCGAGUGAGUGAGUGACUGAGUGAGAGAGAGAGAGAGAGAAAAGGGUUGCUGUCUUUAUUGAGGAUUAUCCACGUCGACCAUACGUCCGUUAAAUCUAACCGUUGAACAGAACACAAAAAACAACUUUCAAUUGACGAUUUGGCUCGAAAUAUAUUCACCUUUAUUGGAUUGACAAAGCUUCGUUUAGAAUACCUUUUAUCUCAUGGUGAAUUUAUUUUUUUCCUUUUAUUUGUGUUCCUUCUCAUCUCCCAAAAAAAUAAACAAAUUCAAUUCAACCGAUUCGAUUUUGUAAAAUGCUUCGUGUUGUUGUUUCGAUCAAGAAUGUGGCAUCAACGUUAGAUUCCAGUAUUUUUUAUUCGGUAAAGUUAAUCGGAAUCUGACAAAAAAAAAAGAAAAAGACGAAUAUAGCUUGCAUGACAACAUGUGGUCGAUCGUCUUUUUCGUUGCUUUUUUUCUAACAGAGGAGAACGAGAUUGAAAUCGGCACUGACCAAAGGUUACUUUUUGGUUGUUAGAUAUCUAGACUGUUAUGCGUCGAAAUUGCUUCUACGAAAAAUUUAACACUAUUUAUUCGGCUCAAAUCAUUUUCACUCCGAUUAUGACAAAUUAUGACUCUGAGCAGUCGAAUAAAUUGUUAUUUCUCCUUCUCGGCGAUAAAUCGUUAAAUAACACGUUAAAACCUAUAUGAAAAUUGGACUUUAAACGGUUUUCCUCUUUUUAUCAAGUGUAUGAAUAUUAGAAGCGUCAUGCAUGUCAUGCAAACCUUUACAUUGAUAUUUCGUUAUUCGAUAAACAAAUGAUCACAUCUUAAUUUUAUUCAUCCAACAGCAAAACCAAAUAUGGUUGUCAUAACUUUUUUGGCUACACUUUCAUCUUUCGUUCAUUCAUUCAUUCGCAUGUAAGCGUUAAUUUUUAAGCGAAGUUUCUUUGAUUUUACCAUUCUUUCAUUCAAAUCGUUAACAACUUUCUAAUCGAGCAAUCACUUUAUUACCGUUGUGAUUUACAUCACUCUCUUUUUCGGUCAGUGGCCCGAAAAGUAGCCAAAGAAAAUCAUCAAGUAUGUGCGAAGGGCGAUGAACCAAUCGUGUGGAAAAAAAAAAUGGCCGAAAAUGCGGUGCCAAAAUUAGGAAAGUGAUUGUGUCCAAACUUUUGUUCGUAGUCAGAUGUCACGUAGCCGAAAAAAUUUGUCAAAUAAAAUAUGAAUCAAUUCAAGUGUGGAUGACAUUGGGUCGAUGCUCAUAUACUUUGGCUCUGCUUGAAGUAGACAAAGAAAACUUUGGGCUGAAAUGCAUUGAACCAAAGUAAAUUUGAUGUCAAAACAAUUCUCAAGCAUUAGAAUCAAAAUCACAGUCAUUGAACCGAUAGAUAUCCAUUACGUCCACUUAACUUGGUUUGACUUAACGAUGUUAAUGUUUCCGUCAAACAUGAGAAAAGCCGCAUAUUGUCAGACGACACACUUAUGUUAUUGUGAUGACAAUAUUUAUUUGUAAAACAAAGCAUAAUACAAAAUAAGUCUGGAGUUAUAGGUCAGUGUAAGGGUGGAGCAAAACAGAGAGAGAGAACAUAGAUACAGACAAUAAUUAGAUGAGAUAAUUUCAUUUAUGAUCAAAGCCACACACAUACAAACUAGACAAAUUAAACGACGAAGUGGUCACUUUUCCUCAAACGAACAGAAAAAAAAAGAGAAAAUUAUAUGUACAACUGUGCUUAAUUGCUUUCCUUUGUCUUGUUGAAUUUGCUCCAACGAAAUAGUACACACACUACGCAUCUCACCUUUGCCUAAGCUCUAAUCGUUCUCUCGUCAACAAAAAAAAGAUUCAGUCAUCUUUUGCUUUUCGAUUUCAGCUGUGACAUUGUUCUGUAGCGAUCGUUCAGAAUCAGACCGAUGUUGUGUUCUGUCGUGUGUCCAUUUAGUUUUGGUGGUAUUUUCGUGUUUUGUGUUUUAUUCCUGUUAUUUCAUUGCAUUGUGUUUCUCCAUUUGAUAUUCGAGCUGGCUUUUGAAUUUACGUAGUUGUUUUCACGUCAUCAUCAUCAUCACCGUGUAAAUAAACAGACACAAAAAAAUGCUAGUAAUCAUUUUCUAGAUGUUACAUUGUUUUGUUCUUUCAGCAAUAGUUAGUGUAUUUCGUCAGCCAACAAGAGACGAUAAUCAAAAACAAAGACAAAAAAAAAUUACCGCAAAAAUGCAAGACGUUUCAUAAAGUCAAGACAAUGAAAUAAACAUUUUGAACAAGUUGUCACUUGGGAUUGUGUGUAUCACACGAGAAUUUUCGUUGUUGUUGUUGUUCAUUUUAUCUCUUUUUGAAUAAUUUUAAUUGCACUUGUUGCGAUCUGAAAGAUCCGUGUGGUGCGAGUCAGGCGGGGAGAUAAGUCGUUAAAAUACAACAUUGUCUCUAAACGCACCACUGAACGGACAACACGUCGCAUUGAAUGUCAACAGUUCAGUGUUUACUAUUUUAACUACAAAAAUAAUUUGAGACUUUUGGAGUCUGUUCAAGUAAUAAAUUUAUCGCAACAAUCGAAAUAGUUCACCAGCAGCGAUAUGGCGUCAGAAACGGCCGAAUUUUAUAAAAACAAAAACAUAUUCAUCACUGGUGGCACCGGGUUUUUGGGCAUCGCAUUGAUUGAAAAGAUAUUGCGAACCACUCCAGGCGUGGGAAAAAUUUAUUUACUUAUGCGAGAAAAGCGCGGCAAAACGAUCGAGCAACGUUUGGAAGAUCUUACACAUAAUGAGGUGUUUGAAGUAUUAUUGAAAGAACAAUCGAAGGAUAUUUUCAAGAAGUUGAUUCCAAUUCAAGGCGAUGUUGGAUUGGAGAAUUUGGGCAUUUCACCCGCUGAUCGUCAAACACUUGUGAGUAAUGUGAAUGUGAUCAUUCACUCAGCUGCCACAUUAGAUUUCCAUGAGCCAUUGAAGCCAACCGUUGAAAUUAACUUGUUGGGAACACGCCGAAUUACCCAAUUGGCGAAAGAAACACAAAAUUUGGCUUCAUUCGUGCAUGUGUCCAGUGCCUAUGUCAAUGCAUACUUGGUUGAAUGUGAGGAAAAUCUGUAUCCAGCCCCGGCCGAUGCAGAGAAAAUCAUCGAAAUGAUUAGCACUCUCAGUGAUGAAGAAAUUGCUGCGAAACAGGCCAGCGUUUUGGGUGAACAUCCAAAUACAUACACGUUCACAAAACAUUUGGCCGAACAUGAAGUGGCUAAAUGCGCCGACAAAUUCCCAUGCGGCAUCGUUCGACCAAGCAUGAUCACUGGUGCUUGGAAGGAACCAGUUCCAGGAUGGACGAUUUCAAAGAAUGGACCACAAGGUUUCCUUAUGGGUGCAUCAAAGGGUGUCAUUCGUCGUUUGCCAAUCGGAGCCGGUCUCAUCUACGAUUACAUUCCAGUCGAUGUGGUUGUCAACCAGGUAUUGGUCACCGGUCAGCACAUUUACAACAAGAAAUCAAAUGAGAUCACCAUCUUCCACUGUACAUCGAGCACAACACAACCAUUCAAAUGGGAAGGAGUACAGGAUAAAAUCAACGGUUACUUACACAAAUACCCAUUGAAAAGUGCAGUUUGGUAUCCCAACUUGAAAUUCAUGUCUAGUUUGCUGUUAUUCAAACUAUCAGCGAUCUUCUUCCAUUUUGCGCCGGCUUAUGUACUUGACACAGUUACUAAAGUGGCUGGCGGUCGUCCAAUUUUGGUGCGGCUACACAAAAAUGUCUGGAGCUCAUUGAAAUUAUUGGAAAAGUUCAUCUUCACCGAAUGGAAAUUCCACAAUACCAACACAAAAGAGCUGAUCAAAAUGCAAUCGUUGACCGAUAAAAAGCUGUAUAACAUUGAUUUGACAACGCUCGAAUGGGAAGUGUACUUUAUCAAUUUGGUCACCGGUGUUCGUCGUUACCUGAGCAAAGAAGAUCCAAAAACAUUGGAAGCUGCACGUUCCAAGGACAAAAUACUCUUGGCCGCUCACGUUGUCUUGCAAUUGUCAUUGUACGGUUUACUUUGGUGGUUCACCGCUUUAAUUAUUGGCUGCACAACGGCCCAGUGUGCUCUUGUCGUUCCACUCUACUACAUUUUGUUUAGCUUCUUGUAAAUACAUCGUAUACAUUCCAUCCUUCAUUUUUCUUACUCUGAAAACUGCGAACAACAUUCUACUCGUCAUUUUUAUGACUAUUUUUUUUGAAACUUUUCAAAGCUAUUGGAAAGCGAAAAAUAUUUUGCUAAAUUUGUUAACGAAUGAACACACUGAAAAGAAAAUUGAAUCUUUUAUGGAGACAUUCCAUUAUUUUGAAUAUAAUAUAGUAUAUGUAAUGAUUCGCAAGGGACCAAGAAGUAUCUAGCAUACCAAUUUCUGUUACGAUAAUUAUUAAAACAACAACAACAACAAAUAUGUUACUGUAACCUAGACCAUGAAUACUGAUAUCUUCGAUUCAAUAUUCAUUUUGAUAAGAAUUUAAACUAAGAAUACAAAACAUUGGGCUGAAGGAAAUUUACAUGAUGUUUACAAUCUCACUAAUUUCACCAUUGUUUAACAAAUAUCAAGAAUGAAAAUUUUCAAUAAAAAAACAAUAAAUAUA